UCCAAACUUAAAGAGUGAAGUUUUGAGGAAGUAACAGCAGUGUGUUUUCUCUACAGAUGAGGAAUGAAAAUCUCUUCAUUUGGAUGAACCAAUGAUGACGGCUGUUAAAGAGCUGCUUUUGGAAACACUGGACGAUCUGGGAGAGGAGGAGCUAAAGAUCUUCAAGUGGUUCCUACAGCAGGCUGAAAUCCUGGAAGACUUCCCAGCCAUCCCAAAGAGCAGUCUAGAGAAGGCUGACAAGCUGGACACAUUGGACCUUAUAGUGCAGACCUACAAUGAACAGUCUGUGGAGGUGACCAAGAAAGUGUUAACAAAGAUCAACAGGAAUGAUCUGGUACAGAGUUUGUCCAACAUCGGUUCAGGACCCAAACAAGUUGUACAGGAUGUUGGAGUAAUUUCAGAGAGCAGCAAAGCAUCUUCUGCUUCUCUUCCUCACCCUUCCACCAACAGCAGCCAGACUGAAGAUUUGCUGGAGCCAGAACCUGACCCUCCAGAACUCAUUGCAUUAAAUCGGUGCACACUCCAAUCACACCUCCAGGACAGGUUUAUGUGUGCACAAGAAGGGUGGACAGAAAGGAUGGAUAAAAAACAUCUAGAUGACAUCUACAUAGAGCUCUCCCUCUUAUAUGGGAUUAAUGUGAACAUCAACAUGCAGCAUGAGGUCAGGCAGGUUGAGAUGGCAUCAAGACAACCAGGGGGAACAGAGCAACCAAUCCAACCCAGUGAUAUCUUCACACACCCCUCUGGAAAAAACACACCCGUGAGAACAGUGCUGACCAGUGGGAUUGCAGGAAUCGGCAAAACAUUCCUUGUACACAAAUUCAUCCUGGACUGGGCUGAAGGAAGAGCCAAUCAAGAUGUGCAUCUCACAUUCCCCUUCAGCUUCCGCCAGCUGAAUUUACUGAAGGGCAGACGGUUUCGUUUGGCAGAGCUCAUCCACAAAUGCAUCCUGGAAACCAAAGACAUCCGGGAGGAGGAUCUAAAUGACAUCUUCACAAAACUACAGGCUUCAGGAAACACCAACUAUGACAAGAGUAAAUUCAAACUUCUGUUUGUGCUUGAUGGUCUGGACGAAAGCCGCCUUCAGCUCAACUUUACUGAUGACAAAAACCCUACUAUUGAUGUGACACAGGCAGUUGGAGUAGAAAUCCUGCUGUCUAGCCUCAUCAAGGGGGAACUGCUGCCUUCUGCUCGCCUCUGGAUAACCACACGACCGGCAGCUGCCAAUCAGAUCCCUCUUGACUUUGUUGACAUCAUGACAGAGGUGAGAGGGUUUACUGAUCCACAGAAGGAUGAGUACUUCAGGAAGAGAUUCAGAGAUGAGGAGGUGCGUGGCAGAAUCCUCUCUCACGUCAAGGCAUCACGGAUCCUUCACAUUAUGUGCCACAUCCCAGUCUUCUGCUGGAUCACCGCUACAGUUCUGCAGGAUGUGUUGAAAACCAGUGACAAGGGAGAGCUGCCCAAGACCCUGACUGAGUUGUACACAGAAUUCUUGAUGUUUCACAUCAGACAGACGAAAGAAAAGUAUGGCACAGAGAAGAGCAUUCAGUACAUUCAGGCGCUCGCAAAACUUGCUUAUCACCAACUGGAAAAAGGGAACCUGAUUUUCUAUGAAAAAGAUCUCAAAGAGAGUGGCAUUGAUUUCAACGAAGCAUCUGUGUACUCAGGAGUGUUCACGCAGAUCUUUAAAAAGGAACGUCGCUUGAAAGACAAGGAUGAGCAUAAGAUGUUCAGCUUUGUCCAUCUGAGUAUUCAGGAGUUCUUGGCAGCUGUUUAUGUGGUGCAGUCACUCAUUAACAAGAACAAAAAUGUAAUGGUGCAACAACUCAAGUUCCAAAGUGUGCAGAUGCUUUUCAGCAAACCAUCCAUAGCAGAGGUCCAAAGGAUGGCUAUUGACAAGGCCUUAAAGAGUCCAGAUGGACACUUUGACUUGUUCCUCCGCUUCCUCCUGGGUCUCUCCCUAGAGACCAGUCAGGAUAGCCUACAAGGCCUGUUGAAACAGACAAUAAGUACUUCAGAGGCCAAUCAGGAAACAGUGCAGUACAUCAAGGAAAAGAUCCGGGAGAACCCUUCUCCAGAGAGAUGCAUCAACCUGUUCCACUGUCUGAAUGAGCUCAAUGAUCAUUCUCUAGUGGAGGAGAUCCAACAGUACCUAAGUUCAGGAAGUCUCUCCACAGACAAACUCUCUCCUGCUCAGUGGUCAGCUCUGAUUUUCAUCUUACUGUCAUCAGGAAAAGAUCUGGACGUGUUUGACCUCAGGAAGUACUCUGCUUCAGAGGAAGGUCUCCUGAGGCUGCUGCCAGUAGUCAAGAACUCUAAUGUAUUCUUCCUGAGUGGCUGUAAUCUGUCAGAGAGAAGCUGUGAAGUUCUGGCCUCAGUUCUCAGUGCCCAAUCCUCCAGUCUGAGAGAGUUGGACCUGAGUAACAACAACCCGCAGGAUUCUGGAUUGAGGCUUCUCUCUCCUGGAUUGGAGAGUCCAUACUGUAGACUGGAAACUCUAUGGCUGAGUGGCUGUAAACUUUCCUGGAGAAGCUGUGAAGCUCUGGCCUCAGUUCUCAGCUCUCGGUCCUGCAGACUGAGAGAGCUGGACCUAAGUAACAACGACCUGCAGAAUUUAGGAGUGAAGCUGCUUUCUGCUGGGCUGAUGAGUCCAUGCUGUAAACUGGAAACACUCAGGUUGAAUGUGAGCAACCUGUCAGAGAGAAGCUGUGAAGCUCUGGCUUCAGUUCUCAGCUCACAGUCCUGCAGUCUGAGAGAGCUGGAUCUGAGUAACAACAACCUGCAGGAUUCUGGAGUGAAGCUGCUCUCCACCGGAUUACAGAGUCCACACUGUAGACUGAAAACUCUCAGGUUGUCAGGCUGCCUGGUCACAGAGGAAGGCUGUGGUUCUCUGGCCUCAGCUCUGAGCUCCAACCCCUCCCAUCUGAGUGAGUUAGAUCUGAGCUACAAUCAUCCAGGAGACUCAGGAGUGAAACUGCUGUCUGCUGGACUCGAUGAUCCACAAUGGAGACUAGACACUCUCAAUAUGGACCAUAACGGAAUGUGUUGGUUGAAAACUGGUCUAAGGAAGUAUGCCUGUGAAAUCACCCUGGACCCAAACACAGCCAACAGAUACCUCUCUUUGUCUGAGGAUAACAGAACGGUGACACUGGUGAGAGCGAUGCAGUCAUAUCUUUAUCACCCGGAGAGAUUCCACCACUGGAAGCAGCUGCUGUGUACAAAUGGUCUGACUGGCCGCUGUUACUGGGAGGUGGAGAGGAAAGGGUGGGUAUCUGUAGGAGCGACUUACAGAGGAAUAGGAAGGAGAGGAAAAGGUGCUGACUGCUGCCUCGGCCUCAGUGACACGUCUUGGAGCGUGUGCUGCUCUCGGGAUUGUUACUCUGUCUUCAACAAUAACAGAAUGGCAGCCAUAUGUACGACCACCUCUGCCUCAGACAGAGUAGCGGUGUAUCUGGACUGGCCUGCCGGCUCUCUGUCCUUCUACAGAGUCUGCUGUGACACACUGAUCCACCUCCACACCUUUAGCACCACAUUCACUGAACCCCUCUAUCCUGCAUUUGGGUUUGAGUAUUUGAUUAGGUUUGACUCCACAGUGUCUCUGUGUCAGAUGAAGGAGGGUGAGCUGCCUCCAGUAGACAAACACCAUUGCUGAAACAAGGCUGCACAGAUCACACACAUAAAAAACAUAUAUGUAGGCCUAUGUUCAUGUCACAAUGCAAAGUCAAUGUCAGUGUCGUAGGUUGCUUUCACACCUGAGCAGUUUGGUCCAUUUUAAACAAACC